ACAAUGCGGAUUGUCAAAAUCCCUUAUUCCCUCGUUGCAGCCGACGUUGCGGCCGAAAAUGCCGCUGCGAAAGGCAUCAACGACUCUUCCGAUUCAUCCUCCAGCACCCGACGCUUCGGAGCCGCCCACCACUGUGUUUCAGAUAUCCUACCCGUCGUUCCCGAAAAUCCGCCGUUCUUUGCACACUGCGACCCACCGUGGACAUCAUAUAGCUAUACGCUAUGGCACAGGCUAAUAGCCAAAUCCCAAGGUCUACAGGGGGGCGAAUACCACGAGGUCGUCAUCCCUGGAUUUCUUUACGAAGAUAUGAUGAGAUGCUACAGUGCAUGGAUAACCACUGGCCGCAUCCGCAAGGGUGUACUUGAGGAAAUGCUCGAGACUUUGAAAUCCACAAAAGCAGGCCAAGAACUUGUUUCACUUCUGGAUGGCGAGCGGAAAUGGUUCAUCAGGCUGGAUCAUAUGUCGCCAAAAGACAGUCCCAUGGAAGGUGGAUUGCCAUCAUUGACGGUGCAAGAUGUUAUGACGAAGCUCUGUACGUCCAUGCGCGCGUAUACUUGCCUUCAACGUGAGAAGGUGGACGCAGUGAAGGAGGAUCGGGAGAUGAAGAUCAAACUCGUGCUCAACAGAUGGGAUGGAGGAAUGGAUCCUGGGAGGGAGUUUAGGGUCUUUGUUUCACCACCUGCCGCAGCCCAGGCAAGAACAACAAAUCACCCCAUGGCCGCUCCCAGACCGGACGACUUCAGAAUCAGCGCCAUUAGCCAGUACAGAUGGACCUUGGUUUUUGAUGUGGCGCUAAAGCCGGACGGCACUGUUCAACUCGUCGAGAUCAAUCCUUUCGGGGCGUUGUCGCCGUGUGGAGCCUGUCUUUUCAACUGGAUACGGGAUGGUAAAGCGCUUUAUGGAAUGAAGGAGGCACAGUUUGCUGUGACGUUGGACGAGGCACUGCCGUAG